AUGGGCGCCCAAUGUCCUGGAUACGCCCGCGUCUUCAAAUUCCAGGACGAAGCCCCUGCCUUGAAACAGCGAUACCGCGCCGCCUCCAAAGCCUCUUCUCGUUCGUCUACCGCGUCGUCGUCUGCAGCUCUCGCCUUGUCUAGGAGCUCUCCCUCAUCUGAAGAAGAGGACAGGCCCGGCUGUCGCGAUGAUCGCCGUCGCGAAGCAGAUGACUCCCUUUUCCCUCAUCCCCGUUUAGUUGGUCGUACCAAUGUCCGAUACAAGCCCGUGCUUCUCUCCAUUGACGAAGGAGUGUCUCCUUCUCUGGCCGUUCAGGCCAUCUCUGCCCAGCAGACCCAGAUCUACGCCAACUAUGUCCUGACAGCCUGGCCCUGUCUUUUCAAAUGUACCGAGACUCAAGUGCCGAUAAAUUGGGUGCAAUUCGUCUCCAGUCGCGGUUCUGGGUUACCCCGGAGUCCCUUCGAUGCCAUAGUGCGGUGCAUUACCUGCACGUAUAUGGGGCUUUUACACGACGACCAGCGCUUAGUGGAUAUCGGGCGAUUCAUGUACAUCAAGGCUCUCCGGAUGGUGGCCGCGCGGCUGACCAAUCUGGCCGCAGCGAAGUCAGACGAAGUUGUCGCGACGGCCAUCCUCCUCAGUGUCUACGACAUGUCCCUUGGCACGACCGCAGACGCCUGGCUGAAGCACAGCGCCGGCAUCGCCGAGCUCAUGCGGUUGCGAGGACCGGAGGCCCACAUUGGUGGUUUCGGUCGAGCCAUAUAUAUUGCAUUCCGCGGGUUCUUAGUGACGGCAGCGUUGCUGAAUGGAGAAGCAUGCUUCCUAGAACGGCCAGAGUGGCAACAAUUGAGUGAGACGAUCGGCGCAGAUAACGCUAAACAGCCAGAUUCCUCCCUGUUCACGGAUAUCGCCGAGCGCGCCUUUCGAGAGAUUGUCAAGUUGCCGGGAUUUGUCAAGAGGGUGCAAGAUCUGUGGGAACUGCCAGCAAAGAAGCAGGCCCAGCUGCGACCGGCACUGGUGCAGAAUAUAACAGCGUGCCGGGCGACUCUGCGAGGCAUCCACACCGAGUUUGGCAUCGCCGUAGCGACGCAAGGUUCCAGAAGCAGCAGCGACGGCAGCGAGCAAGAUUCUCAAGAAACCAGGUUUAUUGGGCCGAUUCCGUACGACUUUUUUGACGGGUUCGCAUCGUUAUCGAUCAAGGGGAUCCGGUCGGGGAUCAUUUUGUUGAAUCAGCUCCUGAUGAUAUUGACACCAGAGGACCGGCCAGCCUUGAAGGCAGAGAUCAGAUCACUUUCACCCGGCAGUAUGUAUGACAGAUGCAGCUCAGUAGCAAUAACAACAAAAACAAGGACCGAGUCAUCAUCAUCACCGUCAUCAUCUUCCUCCCUCAUCACGCCACCUCCAGAUCUUCCCCCAUCUGGUGUUUCUAAACGUGCGUUUCCGCUGAAAUGCGAAUCGCUGAUGACUCCCGAGCUGCGCUUGGGGCCGACGACGCCGUGGGUGGACAGCAUCGCGACGUCGAUGGGGAUGGGCGGCGUUCGAUUCAGCGUGAUAGAAGAGGAAGAAGAAUACGACGACAAAGGAGAGAAAUAA